AUGAGUGAUAUUGAAUCCCUUCUCUCAAAAUUUUCUGAGCAGGAAUUGAAGGAUUGGCUUUUGAACUUUAGCGACUUUGCUGCACUUAAUGGAGUUUUGAAGCAGAAUCAUGAUGGGGCUAUUAUGACUCUCCAGCACACUUUUCUACCUUCGCCCUACCCGCAAGUUCAGUUCAAAGAAGCCGUUGAUAUUCAACGCUUUUUUAAUAGCUUAUUUCUUAGUGUGGCCUCAGACUACGAAUUUUUGGAAUCAACUUUUAAACCAGUCCUUUCUCAAGACGAAUACGUUAAUAAUUUAUGGAGAAUCUACCAACUUGAUCACGAACUGGGCCCAGUGCAACCGCUCAAACUGUCCCUGAAUCGAUCUGACUACAUGCUGCACUCCGCUUUUCCCGGCUGUCCCCUGAAACAGGUUGAAAUGAACUUCAUUGCUGUCAGCUUCGGCGGUGUAGCAGAACGGCUGGUCAAAGUACAUCAAAUGCGACUGAAUCAACUGCUAGGCGCCAACGCACCAAAGCUGCCCGCCUGUCCCUCGGCCACAAAAUUCGGUAGUGCAAUCGCUCGUGCAGUAGAGGAGUACGUGAAGAGUAGUGCACACCUCCAACGCACCAGCCUCCCGGCUAUCCUCGUAGUGGUGUCGGAGGAUGAAACUAACAUCUACGAUCAGCGCAGUAUCGAGGAGGCUGUGCUCUACGCCAAUGCCUCCCUUCGUCUCCUCCGACGCACCUUUGCCGAGCUCGCGGAGCCCACAGGACGUGUGAAUGUCGAGGAAGCUACUGAACGCCUCUUUGUGGAUGGCUAUGAAAUUGCUCUCAUCUACUACCGCACUGGUUACGCACCGAGCCACUUUGAUGAAGAGGCUUGGCGGACAAAGCUGCGACUGGAGCGAAGUCUCGCGAUCAAGUGUCCCUCGAUUGAUUACCUGUUGGCGAACAUGAAGCUCGUCCAGACCGCUCUCGCCGCUGGCCCCACGGUGUUGUCACGCUUUGGGGUCAGUCCCCAAACGGCGGAGCGGCUUGCGGCCACUUUUGCGCGUCAGACCGUCCUUUCUACCGACUUCCACUUCGCCGACCCCGCCAUCAUUGAUCAGAUGGUUGAGGAGUGCCGUCGUCGGCCCGACAAAUUCGUUCUCAAGCCUCAGCGUGAGGGUGGUGGGAAUAACAUCUUCGGAGGUAUCCGCCAUUCACUUUUCGUUGUAAACACAAUAAAUCUUCGGGUUGAAUGUGAUUGGAAUGGUGGCGCCUUAGGCUUGCAUGAUAAUUCUGCGGACGUCAAAUGUGCAGUCGGUGUGAUCGGCGCCGUACUUGUAGUAAGAUGGACCAUGAUGACUAGACUUGACUUCAAGAGUGGUGGCAUUCGCCUUGCAGCUGACAUAGUGCGGAAGUUGGACAAAGUGAUGGGCAAAUUGGAGGCCAAUGCCUACAUCCUGAUGGAGAAACUCGAACCACCGAUAGUGGAGAACUGCGUAGUCGGCAUUGAGUAUCCCUCGCCUCUGCGCCGUCAAAUGAUCUCGGAGCUGGGCAUCUACGGUGUUUUGUUGAGCCGAGGUACAGACGAAUUGGAGAAUCAUGAGGCUGGUCACCUGCUUCGAACCAAACUUCUGGGCAUCAAUGAGGGCGGUGUAGUUACCGGCUUUGCCAACCUUGACACCCCUCUGCUCCCUCCCCCCCCCCCUCUGAGAACCCUCUCUCUUUCAAUGCCUUGCUUACAGUCCCACAGGAAGUUUUCGGCCCCCCGGCAUGGUUCUCUAGGUUUUACACCAAAGAAACGCAGUCGUCGCAUUCGUGGUAAAUGCAAGGCUUUCCCUAAAGACCGGCGAUCGCUGCCACCACAUUUGACUGCCUUCAUGGGAUUCAAGGCUGGCAUGACUCAUGUCGUCCGUGAUGUCGAUCGUCCUGGUUCAAAAGUUCACAAGAAGGAAGUUGUUGAGCCCGUCACUAUUCUCGAGUGCCCGCCAAUGGUCAUCGUCGGAAUUGUCGGUUACGCUCACACUGCUAGGGGUCUUCGCACUUUUAAGACCAUUUGGGCUGAGCAUUUGAGCGAGGAAUGUCGUCGCCGUUUCUAUAAGGACUUCUGCAAGUCCAAGCGGAAGGCUUUUACCAAGGCUUCCAAGAAGUGGGCCGACGAGGCUGGUCUUGCGGCAAUUAACAGCGAUAUUAAGAAAAUGAAGAAGUACUGCUCCGUCAUCCGUGUUAUUGCGCACACUCAGAUGAGGUUGAUGAAGCACCGCCAGAAGAAGGCCCACAUCAUGGAAAUCCAGGUCAAUGGCGGUACCGUUUCUCAGAAGGUUGACUGGGCCCGCGAACACCUCGAAAAACAAGUUCCUGUUGCAAAUGUUUUUGCUCAGGAUGAGAUGAUCGACGUCAUCGGUGUAACUAAGGGUAAAGGCUUCAAGGGUGUCACAUCUCGUUGGCACACGAAGAAACUGCCUCGCAAGACUCAUAAGGGUCUUCGCAAAGUUGCAUGUAUCGGAGCUUGGCAUCCAGCCCGUGUAGGCCGCACCGUGGCUCGUGCUGGCCAGAAAGGUUACUUCCACCGCACCGAAAUGAACAAGAAGAUCUACCGCAUCGGUCUUGGUGUUCAGGCUCAAAUUGAGGCUGCUAAGGUGGAGGCCGCGAAAGAGGAGAAUAAGGAGCUGGCUGCUCUCAUUAAGCCCAAGGGCAAUGCUUCCACGGAAUAUGAUCUAACAGCUAAAAAUAUCACUCCGAUGGGUGGCUUCCCGCACUACGGUGAAGUUAACAAUGAUUACGUUAUGAUCAAAGGCUGUUGUAUGGGCCCUCGCAAGCGUGUCAUCACCCUACGUAAGAGUCUUCUCCAACAGACUAGUCGUCGUGCUCAGGAGAAGGUAGUCCUCAAGUUCAUCGACACCUCCUCCAAAUUCGGUCACGGUCGGUUCCAGACUCGUGCAGAGAAGAAGGCUUUUCUGGGUCCUUUGAAGAAGGAUUUGGAACGUCCGAAGGUUGCAGCGUAA